AUGAUUAAAAAAGCUAUUUUUAUAGAAGUUUUUAAUGAAACUUGAACCAUAAGCAUAACUUUAGAAGUUUUUCAAUGAAACUUGAACUAUAAGCAUAACUUUGCGAGUAUUUCUUGCUGCCUAAAAAAAAUGUUCCGACUAAUGAUUUUUAAAUUUUUAACUUUCUCUUAUUUCAUUUCUCAAUAUUUAUGAUAUUUUUUUAAAAGCCUAAAAAAACAAAUUUUUAUAGAAGUUUUUUGAAUAAAUUUGAAAAAUAGUAUUACUUUAAAGGUGUUUCUUACUGUCUAA